AUGGACAUCUGGGAAACCAUCGUGUCUCAAUCAUCCCUUCUUGGUCUCGUAAUACCAAUUGAUGUGCCUGCAGAAAUACGGCAUAUUGUUAACCGUGCCUUCGUUGCAGGCAAGGCUUCUGGAUCUGGAACUGUAAUCAACUACAGUGAGCUGUAUCCUACUCCCUAUACGGAUAUACAGAAACAAGUAAUCAAUGACACCUGUUUUCUUGGACAAGGACUUUCUAUUCAAGCCUUGCAACCUAUCACUCACUAUUCACCAUAUUCUGAAACCCACAACUCCUCUAUUCCCAACUUUCCCAACCCUGAUAAAUUUGAUGGAACCAGGUCACAAUUUGGCUAUUUCAUGACGCAGUUGCAACUAUUAUUUCGUUCAAAUCCAUCUGCAUUCAGUUCGGAUAUAUCCCGGAUUCUAUUGGCUGGAUCAUAUCUCACUGGUCCGGCAUUUAUGUGGUUUAAGCCUCAUGUUAGCCAAAAUAACGGUGAUGUAUCCUUUAAAUCUUUCGCUACUUUCAUUGACGCUCUCCGAAGUGCAUUUGAUGACCCCGACCCGUACUCAACUGCAGAGAGGGAAUUAAACUCUAUAUGUCAAACAGGCUCUUGUUCGACUUACUUUGCUAAGAUUUCAUCUAUAUUCUCUCGACUCGGCUGGUCUGAGCAGAAAUGUCUCAUCCACCAUUUCAGAAAAGGGUUAAGGGAAAAUAUCAAGGACGCAUUAGUUGGAAUGGAUAAACCUGAAUUGUUUGCGGAAUAUGCAGCCCUAUGUAUAUCCCUAGAUAACCAGCUAUACGCUCGACAGCGUGAAAAGGAGCUGGAGAUUCAAAAAACAUAUACAAGGCGCGAGAACGCUCAGUCACACCGAUUUUCGAAUAUUCCCAUGCCAUUAAAUUCUUCGUCACCUGCCCCAGCUUCACUAACUCGUGAUACAAAUUGGCUAGACAACUUAAAGGUGGAAAGAGCAGCUCGAAAGGCCUUUAGAUGGAAACAUGGAUUGUGUGCCUAUUGUGGAAACAAAGGCCAUAAAAUACCUACAUGCCCCGAUAUUUUGUCUCGCCCAAAUCAAAGCUUAUUCUCACAGCCAUCGAGUGUGGAAUCUGAGGACCCAAUCUCCUAUCACCAUGAAACAAUAUCUAGAAAAAACAAAUUUUACCAUUCUGCUGUAUCUCUCUACAAUAAAUCCGAAAUUCACUCUUUUGACUUGGGGAAUGAAAAACCCCUCACAAUCACAUCCGUUUUAGAAAGUAGUAUAAAAGCUCUUACAAUGUUAGAUUCAGGAGCUUCAACUUCGUUCAUCGACGAGCUCUUUGUAAAGAAAAAUAAUCUCAUCUCAAGGAAGAAGAAGAUACCACUUGUGGUAAGGGUAGUGGAUGGUCGACAAUUAUCCUCAGGACUUAUUGCCCACGAAAUUGAUUUAAUGCUGUCAAUUGCAAACCAAUCAUAA